CAAUAAUGCCCGGCGUUGUGAACGCAUAUUCGAUAAACAGAGCUAUUUGAUAAAUAAAUGCUGCAAAAUUUAAACCACUAGUCCUCCACAGUGGUGAUAAAAGGGUGUACAUUUGCGAGCACGGAUUAGCCGCGAGCCAAAUCAACAUACGUGUAUAGAAAAUAUAGGAGUUCCGGCACACAGAGUGACGCGACAGAGGAUACAACUAUGGGUUCCGGAUUUGGUUGCUAUCCCAAGCCAACUGCAAUAAGCAGUAAGAUAACGCCGUGUUCUAGCCGUGCCUUGGCGACAACUGCAAUUGCACCUUCAACAUCCGGGUUACCAGCGACAUCCGGAAAACCAGUGAUAUCCGGGAAACCAGUGACAACCAGGAUACCAGUGACAUCCGGGAUACCAGUGACAUCCGGGUUACCAGCGACAUCCGGGAAACUAGUGACAUCCAGAAUACCAGCGACUUCCGGGAUACCAGCGACAUCCGUGAUACCAGUGACAUCCGGGAAACCAGCGACAUUCGGGAUACCAGCGACAACCGGGAUACCAGCGACAUCAGGGAUACCCGUGAAAUCCGGGGAACCAGUGACAUCCGGGAUACCAGCGACAUCCGGGAAACCAGUGACAUCCGGGAUACCAGUGACAUCCGGGUUACCAGUGACAUCCGGGAAAUCUGUGACAUCUGGGAUACCAGUGACAUCCGGGAUACCAGCGACAUCCGAGAAACCAGUGACGUCCGGGAUACCAGUGACAUCCGGGAUGUCAGCGACAUCCGGGAAACCAGUGACAUCCGGGAUGCCAGUGACAUCCGGGAUACCAGCGACAUUCGGGAAACCAGUGAUAUCCGGGAUGCCAGUGACAUCCGGGAUACCAGUGACAUCCGGGACACCAGUGACAUCCGGGUUACCAGCGACAUCUGGGAAACUAGUGACAUCCAGAAUACCAGCGACUUCCGAGAAACUUGCGACAUCCGUGAUACCAGUGACAUCUGGGAAACCAGCGACAUCCGGGAUACCAGCGACAACCGGGAUACCAGCGACAUCAGGGAUACCCGUGACAUCAGGGGUACCAGUGACAUCCGGGAUACCAGCGACAUCCGGGAAACCAGUGACAUCCGGGAUACCAGUGACAUCCGGGUUACCAGUGACAUCCGGGAAAUCAGUGAUAUCUGGAAUACCAGUGACAUCCGGGAUACCAGCGACAUCCGAGAAACCAGUGACAUCCGAGAUACCAGUGGCAUCCGGAAUGCCAGCGACAUCCGGGAAACCAGUGACAUCCGGGAUGCCAGUGGCAUCCGGGAUACCAGCGACAUCCGGGAAACCAGCGACAUCCGGGAUGCCAGUGACAUCCGGGAUACCAGUGACAUCCGGGACACCAGUGACAUCCGGGUUACGAGCGACAUCCGGGAAACCAGUGACAUCCGGGAUACCAGUGACAUCCGGGAUACCUGUUACAGCCGUGAUACCAGCGACAUCCGGGAAACCACUGACAACCGUGAUACCAACGACAUCCGGGAAACCAGUGACAUCCGGGAUACCAGUGACAUCAGGGUUACCAGCGACUAUUUCAGAAAAUAAAAUGAAGCAAAUAUACAACACAGCGGUGUCACCGGCGGUGAAGCUCCGGAAUGAAGCUAUUUGGGGACACACGGAUUUGGAGUGUCCGCCUUCCGCCAAGAUCGUGCGCAUCUUCACCAGUAGCACCUUCACUGACACCAAGCACGAACGGAACAUGUUAAUGAGAGAGGCGUACCCGAAGAUCAAAGAACAUUGCCGCUACUUCGGAUACGAAUUUCAGGUAGUGGACAUGCGUUGGGGUGUCCGAGACGAGGCCACUGAUGACCACAUGGGGACUGAACUCUGUCUCAAGGAACUCAGGCUGUGUCAGCAGCUCUCCACUGGGCCCAGCUUCGUGUCGCUUCUGUCCCACAAGUACGGCUACAUCGCGUUCCCUCGGGUGAUCGCGGCAGAUGAGUUCGAGCCUCUCAUGACGCAAGUCGAGGACCCGGAGACCGUCCGGCUCUUCCACAAGUGGUAUACCAGGGACGACAACGCGGUGCCUCCCGCUUACAUCCUUACUUCCAUCAGCACGCACAUUCCGGAAUACAUUAGCAAGGACAAAGGCAUGCAGAAAGGCGCAAAAGAGCAGUGGACGAAGGAGAGCGAGCAAAUGCAGGACGCUCUGGAGUCAGCCGCCACCAGGGUGUUCGACCAGGAAAAGGCCCGGAAGUACAUAAUUUCCGUGACGGAGACGGAAGUGGAGGAAGGUCUGCUCAAGGCGGAGGACUUCAUCGCCAGGCAGGCCAUCUGGCUGCGCCGGAACAUCGAGGACAUAGACCGCCAGGAGAGCAGCUGGGAACUCUCCAGAUACACCGAGUGCAAAUUCAAUCUGGGUGCGCAGAAGGUAGAGAGGGCUCAACGGAUGUUGCAGGAACUCAAGGAGCACCGGAUGGAGCGGCGCCUGAAUCCCGACCAUAUCUUCCACUACAACGUGCAAUGGGUCGGCAAGCACGGUAUAGAGCCGGAUACCAGCGCAGAACAACGGAAGUACCUGACGCGUCUCUGCAAGGACUUCACGGACAUUAUGAUCUCCCUCGUGACGCAAGCUAUUCAGAAUCGAAAGCUCCUGCACGACCGACUCACCGAGGAAUGUAUGCAGCACAUCCGGUUGUGCCAGGCAAAGUGCGCGGAGUUCCAUGGACGUACCGAGACGCUGGAGCGGAUCAAAUCCUACCUGCUGGACCAAUCGGCAAAGGCCCCGCUCGUGGUUCACGGGAUCAGUGGUACGGGCAAAACUUCAAUCCUGGCGAUGACGGCGAAACUCUGCAAGACGUGGCUGCCCAAGACGCCCAAGCUCGUGUUAAGGUUUCUCGGUACAACCGUGGAGAGUUCUUCCGUACUACCUCUGCUACAGAGUCUGGUGCAACAACUGAGUAUCCUGGGGAAUCAAAGCCUUCGAGCCGAACUGACAAUUGACCUUCUAAAAGUCCAGUUAAAUCUGCUCUUAGAGCAAGGCACGGCAGAGUGUCCACUCGUGGUCAUCUUGGACUCGCUUGACCAGCUGGACACCUCACACCAUGGCCACUCUUUGAUGUGGCUUCCGGCCUCACUGCCGCCUCACUGUAAGAUUGUCAUGUCAUCACUUCCAGAGGAGAAAUACGAGACGUUUCCAGCCCUCAAGAAAUUAUUUCCUGACGAAGAUAGGUACAUACAGGUCCCGGAACUAGGUCAGAGGGACGCACUCAGCAUAGUGUCGUUGUGGGCGGAAAAACGGAACCGGAAGUUGACCCCGCCCCAGAUGGACAUCCUGCUAAGCACAUUCCGGAAGUGCCCGACACCACUGUUCUUAAAGAUGUCGUUUGACGAAGCCAUGCUUUGGCGCUCGUUUGACCCGCCGUCACGGACAGUACUGCAGACGACAGUUCGCACCGCAGUCGACUUCCUGUUCAGUCGUCUGGAGAAACUGCACAGCCGGAUAUUGGUGUGUCGCGCCUUGGGAUAUCUUACCUUAGCAAAUAACGGAAUCACAGAGGCGGAGCUUGAUGACGUGUUGUCCUGCGAUGAUGACGUAUUGAAUGACGUCUACGCCUACUGGAUACCGCCCAUGCGCAGACUGCCCCCUCUACUUCUCGUGCGCAUACGGACGGACAUCGACCAAUAUAUCGUUGAGCGCGGUGCAGACGGUGCGCGCGUGUUGAACUGGUACCACCGUCAGUUUACGGAAGCUGCGCAUGAGCGCUACUGCGCAGAUGAUGCGCAGAACAAGCGUCUCCAUGGCAACCUAGCUGAUUUCUUCGCGGGAACAUGGGCCAAUGGAAGAAAAAAGCCGUACUCGAACGCUAAAGGCGAUCUAAUAGAAGAGGACCGCUAUGUGACCUCACAGCCCCUUCACUUCGGAGAGGAUGACUACAACAUUCGGGCUCUCAACAAUCUGCCCUAUCACCGCAUGCACGCGGGUAACGUUGACCUUCUCAAGAAGGAGUGUCUCGCCAACGUGCACUUCUGCGUUGCUAAGUUACACCCACUUCCUGUUGAGGCGCUCCUCGACGACUUCACGGCGGCCAAAGCGGCGUUUCCCGGAGAACCCUUGAUCAAGUGCAUUCUGGAGGCGCUUCUGCUCUCCCGGAAGGGGCUGCAAACGGAUCCGGCUCAGUUUGUGCCUCAGCUACUAGGACGCCUGAAGGACAACGAGACAACAGCCGAGUUCAAACGGUGCUUACGUGAGUACAGCUCUAAAGUGUGGUUCGAGCCCGAUGUCAACAUCCUGGAACGUCCCGGUGGUCAGCUGCUUCACAGCAUCCACGUGCACGCGUCUGACAUUGACAUGAUGACGAUUAUGUCGUGUGGUAGUUACGUAAUCACAGUCUGCUCGGGUUUGAAUGAGAUCAAAAUCUGGAACAUCAAGAUCGACCCUCCGCGGUUGCUUCGCAACGUGACGGGUAAAGGUCAGUGCAAAAAGGUGGCGUUUUGUCAUGGCGACGAAUGGGUUGCCAUGGAAGUGGAUAGCGUAAUCAAAGUAGAAACACUCAAAACAGGAAAACAAUGUAUGGACAUACCCUUUAAAGGCGAUGCUGCGGCCAAAGCGUUCUGCGUUGCUGGUAAACGCAGGGAUACGAUCGUCACGUUUUUUGGAAAACAAGUGAACAUAUAUGACUUCACAAACGGUAGUCUGUUGCAGACUCUUACGUCAUCGAGUGACGAAGCUAAAUUUGGGGCAAUGAGCAACCCGUCAGGUCGAGACAGAUACGUUGGUAUGACAAGCGACGAUCAAUACUUCCUUUCUGUCCUUGACCUUGAUUCCAUGACCUUGAUGCCAGCGUGGCGAGGAUGUGAGAAGUACACGGAAGAAGAUUGGGAUGGCGAGUUUUUUGAAGUUCCAAUCAGGGCUUUUGGCAUUCCUCCCGACGAAACUCAUAUCGUGUACCUCAGUUGGUUCACUAACGAAAUCGUGUUCGCGGAUUUCAAUGGCAACCGUCUUCGCUGUGUUCGAGUCGAUGAGAUGCGCGACAUUCACACCAUCAAGAGUGUAAACUUCACUGCCGACGGCAGAUUUAUUUUUUAUAUAGAAGAAAGAGACGUCGUCUUUAUGAACUAUUCCACACUUCAGGAGGAAGAUCGUCUGGAACACAAACAUGACGUGACCGGCGCGUGCACCGUUGACAUGGUAACAGUGGUAACGAUUGCAGAAGACAACAACCUCAGGGUGUGGGAUAGAUCCCGUGACAAAAAGGGGACCACACAUAAGCAGGCCAGGACACUGGACCCUAUAGAUGACCUCUGGGAUUUUUUUCCGCUUGGCAACCAGGACGCGAUUUUCGUAACAGAGAGGUUUAAGGGUGCCGUCGGCUUGUAUGAUGUCGGCAGACUUGAGUACCGCGCCGUUAGAAAACUAUCGUGGAUGAAAGGCCUAGGAUACGUAGAAUUUUACAGAGGAGACAACAGAUCAGUGGUCAUGUACCUUGACCGGAAGGUGUACUUGUUCGACCUUGAAAAGAUGGACGUCUGCUUCGUGUUUCCCGGUAUUGUCUCGGAACAGAGUGUUUUUCGUGUGACCGAACGGAAGCAACUUCUCGUGACGUCACGUGGUGGCAAGAACUUGAAACUGUACAACGUCACAAACGGCUGCGUUGACGCCAUAAUUAAAACUGGACACACGAAGAAUAUCAACGGACUUGAGGUGAACGAGCCGGGAACGCUCGCCGCAGUGAGUUUAAUCAAGGGACCCAUUGUGCUGAUGAACCUUGUUACAUACUCUCGCAUGUAUGAGAUCUCAGCCAGAACGUACAGGGGAGACGACAGUGCGCGGUCCGUUGAUUACCCUAUGAUGUUGUUUACCCGGGACAGCACGCGCUUUUUCUUCGGAGCAUACAAAGGCUUAGAUCGCACAGGCGAUGUAAAUCAUCUCAUCUGCUGGGACUUAGAACAAAAGCAAGAACUCUUUGAGCUGUGUGACAGAGAGACACAGGCAGAGUACGAGGAAGUUAAAAGUAACAAAAGUACGAAAAUUACAUAUGUUUAUCGUCUUGAUGACGACCGCAUUAUGACCACGUGCCUCGACAAUGUCGUCCGAGUGUAUGACGUCAAAACAGGCAAGUUACUACACCGACUGACGGGCCACAGGACGACGGUGGAGUUAGCGCUGAGUGACGUCACGCCGUACUUCCUGACGUACGGUAGGCUCCAGGAGGAGAACUGCAUUUUCCUGUGGGAUAAAGCCACGUGCUCGAGGGUCGCCACCUUCUCGCUGGAUGAGACGGUCAAAGCCCUCUACUGGAGCGAUGAUGGAACGUUUUUCUACACUCCCAGAUAUGGCCGUUGGAACCAAAGAGUUUCUGACGUCAUCAAGUGGACAAUUCACAAUGGAAAUAGACCCACGCCGAGGCCUGAUGUUAAACAGAGUCCUCCGUUAUAUUCAAACGAAGCCAUCCUGUCCCCUCUGAUUAUCAACGCUCCUAACAAAGUCGAGAAAGGCUACCAACCGGAAGUGGGAGAUCCCGACACGGACGACGAGGUCUUUGACACGGUCGACGAGGUCCAUGACACGGACGAUAAGGUCCCUGACAUGGACGACGAGGACUUUGAGGAUAAUUCCGGGUGAGGUGGAUGGCGAGGACACGUGACGUCACAGACUUUAUGUUGUAGGUGGGGCUAGGAGACGCGAUAGGAACCAUGACAUAGAAGAAAAUAUGUUUUAGUUAGAGUCAUGACAAGUAAUCUCUAAUUGUUAUCUGCUUCGGAAUUUAUUCAUUGAUUUCAUAAUAACCUUGUUACUAAACCAUUACGUGCACAACCUUACCAAUACUUAUUUAACAUAUAACCAUACGAUAUAUUUAACCUGGCCUUUGUUGAUGUUUGCCCAUUAUUCAUUUUAAAAUGACGAAAAACGGAGACAAGAUGAUGAUUCGUUCAGUCAAAGCGAUAAACAGCAGCAUUUCGUAAACCUCCCACUGUGAUGAUGGUACUGUAGACCAGAAAAGCUCUCGUAUAGUGAACGUCAUAGUUUCCAUUUUAGCUCUUUUUAAAUUCUUUAUUUGUUCAUAAAAUGUGUGUUCCUCUUUUUGACUGUAUUUAUUGAAUUAAUUAAAUUCUCAAAUAUA